UUGCUGCCCUUCUUCAACAAUCUUCAGUCUACUCUCCACUCAUCUGGUUUCAACAGGGCCAGUGUAGCUGAAGUCAUGCAGGCAAUGCAGGUUUUCGUCAAGUACAACAUCAUAGACCUUGUCCUUAGCGAUGGAGUUGCAGAAAUGGCCCAGAUGCGUUCAGUUCAAGAGACACCACGACAUGACGGUGGUAAACAGCCUCCUGCUGUCAAUUUCCUUCUGGUGGAUGUGCUGAGGAGCGGAUCUGGGGCUGCAGCGAAUGGCAAAAACUUUGCAGAAACUGUAAUGAAAGAGCACCGCAUUUCCAAUGAGGCGAUCGAACUAGAGGUGGUGGAUGCAUUUUUCAUCACGUGUCUUAGUGACUUAAAGGCACAGUUCACGAUAAUUUUGGGUAAUCCAGAUUAUGGUGAAAAAUGGAAGACAAGAUCGAAACUAGUGAAGAAGAUUCCAGACACUAUUGUUGGUGCAGUGUUAGGCCCAAAAGCGAAAACACUGCAGGAAAUCCAGUUUUACAGCGGNUUUUCAGUUUGGCUGGGAAUGAAAAAAGUAUGCGUAUGUGCAAAUUGA